CCACACGCUUGCUUGCUGCCACCACACAAGAUAAGACAAGAGAGCGUGAGGCACAGACCUUCACAUCACAUCACUUCACCAGCCAAGCAGCCAGGGCAAGCGAGAGGGCAAGCGAGAGGGCGAGCAAACAGCAAACAACCAUGGCCACCAAGUUUUCGCAGUCGCUGCUGACGCACACGCAGCGAUGGUACCUGGUUGAUGCGCGUGGGCAGAAGGUUGGCCGGCUGGCAAAUAUGGUGUCGGCUGUGUUGAGGGGCAAGACAAAGCCCACCUUCCACCCCGGCGUCCUCUCACCAGACCACGUCGUCGUCAUCAAUGCAAAGGAUGUUGUCUUCACCGGUCGCAAGUGGAAUCAGAAGCUGUACAGAAAGCACACGGGCUGGCCCGGCGGUUUCCGGGAGGAGACGGCUGCCAGCUUACACGCACGCAAGCCAACAGAGGUUGUGAGGAAAGCCGUGGAUGGAAUGUUGCCGAAGAACAACUUGAGAAAACAGUUUAUGCGCCACCUUCACAUCUUCGAGGACGACCAACACCCGUACGACCGCAACAUCUAUGCUGUGCUUGACGGUCCCCAGGAGCCUGUGCCGCCAAAGCCCGAUCUGUUUGUCAUCCGCACUGUUGAGGGCGACGAGGAAAUCCCAGCACCAGCAGGCGGCGAGUUUCUUGGUGUGGAGCUGGAUUUCACGAGCGGAAGCAGCAGCGGCGAUGCAAAUGAUUCAAGCAAAUGAGGACAGGAAGGAACAACAGACCACGCCACGCGAUGGAUGGUGCAAGAAGGAUCCACAAGACCGCAUGCACACCCGGCACUGCUGUGGCCACCACGCUAAUGCUAGCUUUGUUUGUAACGACCCACUGUCUUCUUGUUUUUGUAUCUCUUUCCACUCACCUUUCCCUUCUCCGUCUCUCUCUCUCUCUCUCCAACGACAUCAUGUCCCGUGAGUUGUGCGUGGAUGGUGUCUGUGGACUAUCACAUCAUGCUGUGGGGGUUGUAACUUCAAUGGUGUUGGUUUGAAAGAAAAAAAGGGGCGUGCCAUCGUGGCUGCAACAACAUCAGAACAGCGCACUGAACCAAGGCC